CGACCGGAAGUGUUGUCCACUGUUUCCCUCUGGCUCCUCAAGUCAGUAUGCUAACUCUUGCUGUUUGAAUGAAAUCACCUAAACAUUAAUAUCAUAUUUGCGUACUGAAAUUGGAGAAAGUGACCAAAGUUUGGUCUUCCUUGAAAGUUUCAGUCAUGUCUUCAGACGCAGUGAAGAAGAGAAAACCUAAGGUGAUCCGAAACGAAGGUGGCACUCCAGAAACCAAACGGAGUCGAGAGGGAGAUCAGCUCAGUGCAGUCAGUAAACAUGUCAGAUUGAGGAAGGUCAGUUUAAGGGAGGUUCAGGUCACGUGUUCUGCAGGACUUCUUCCUAUUGGACAGAGGAAGCUGUCUGCAGGAAAGAAUCAGGAUGUGCGUGUGUAUAAUGAGGAAGUGGAGCUGGAAGGCCGAGAUGCACAGCAGGAUUAUAUCCUGUAUAAAGACACGUGUGCCGCUCUGGCUAAACUGAUGGCAGAAAUCCAGGAGCUGAAAGCCAGCGGCGCUAAAGACGGGAGUGUGGAGAUCGAGGAGAGACGCAGACAAAGCAGUGUUCAUUUUAUUACUCUAAAGAAACUUAACCGUCUGGCGCACAUGAGACUGAAGAAAGGCCGAGAUCAGACGCAUGAGACGAAGCAGCGUGUUGAUGUUCUUCACCUGCAGCUUCAGAAUCUUCUCUAUGAGGUCAUGCACCUGCAAAAAGAGAUCGGCAAAUGUCUCGAAUUCAAGUCUCAGCAUGAGGAGAUCGAGCUGGUCAGCGAGCAGGAGUUCUUCCAGGAGGCUCCAGAGGAGAUCUCACGACCUCACAUCACUCGAGAUGACCAACACCAGCUCACCCUUGCCCGGCUGGACUGGGAAUUGGAGCAGAGGAAGAGGUUGGCGGAGCAGUAUAAGACGUCUCUGACCAGUAAGGAGAAGAUCCAGAAAGCCAUCGAGCAGAAGAAAGAAUAUCUGAGCAGCCUUCAGCCUGGACUGCAGAACAUCAUGCAGGCAUCUAUACCGGUGCAGGAGUAUCUCUCGAUGCCGUACGAGCGCAUGCAGAAACAGGCCGAGGUGGCGCGUCACCUGCCCCCUCCGCUUUACGUGUUGUUGGUGCAGGCGAGCGCUUACGGACAGGCUUGCGACAAAAAUCUGUCCGUGAACAUCAGUGGAGACGUGGACGAGGCCAAAGCUCUCUCCAGACGCCCAGAAGAAUCACAAGAUGAUGAAAGUGAUUCAGAUGCUGAAGAGGAGCAGCAGAACACAAAGCGUCGCAGAGGAACAGUUGGCGUUCAGAUGGAGGACAAGCGUAAAGAGAUGUUAAGACGUCACCCUCUUUCGCUUUGUGUGGACCUUAAGUGUAAAGACAACAGUGUUUUGCAUCUGUACUUUUAUUACCUCAUGAACCUCAACAUACUCACUGUGAAGAUCAAAGUUUCCACCUCUGUGGAUUUGUCAGGAGCCAUCAGCUCGGGGGAGCUGAUGAACUCGGACAGUUUGCUGAACUGUCUUUAUGCGUCCGAUCACGGCCGGGAGACGCCCAACCCUGCCAACCGUUACCAGUUUGAUAAAGUCGGAAUCAAUACGUUUGAGGAUUACGUCUCAGAAUUGGGACAUCCGUACGUUUGGGUGCAGAAACUGGGCGGCCUGCAGUUCUCACAGGCUGAGAUGACGGGUAACGCUCUUAGUGCCAGUCACAUGGAGAAAACCAUGAAACUGCUCAAAGGACGUCUGCAGGCCAGACUGGCUCUACAUAAACAGUUCAGCUCACUCGAGCACAGCAUUAUUCCAGUCUCCAGCGAAUGCCAGCAUCUCUUUCCUGCCAAAGUGGUUUCCGGCCUCACACGCUGGACCAUGAUGAGCUACCAGGAAUUCACUGAGUUGAGCUACGUGCAGCACCUGCUGAAGGUCGGUCUGGUAAGCGAGACUGAUCUGUUCUUCAUGGCUGUGGUGGAGAGAGGCACGGGUGAGAACUGUGCUCCUCGUCUGAUGGCCGCUGUGGUAUUGAACCCUCGAUAUCCCGAAGUCGCACCCCUCUUCUCGCUCACACUACACUGGAAAGGAGAACGAAGCGGCCGCACGGACGAUAACCUGCGGGCGAUAGAGAGCGAGGUAAACAUCUUCCGGGGUGAGCUGCAGGGGCCACGCCCAGGCUUCCAGCUUCUGACCAAUCAGAUCCAGCGUCUGUGUGUGUGUCUGGAUGUGUACCUGGAGACGGAGAACCAAGUGUGUGAUGGUUCGGAGGGACCUAAAGAAUUCCCCAGAGAGAAGAUGUGCUUGCGUACUGCCAGGGGUCCCAGUCGCCUGAAGCCCUUUAAGUACAAUCAUCCCCAGGGCUUCUUCAGUCAUCGCUGAACCUUUGGAUAUGAAGAUGAAAAACCUGAUCUAGUGUCAUUAAGAGAGAUCUCAUCCUCUCUUCUCACCCAAGUUUAGCUUAAAUUUUCACCUGUGUUUCAUGUUUUGGUAAUAUAAUGUGAAUUAGAAAAUAAACCAUUGAUUUUGAUA